CUUCACUAAAGCCUUAAGCUCCAACCCUUGAAACUAUCAGGUUACACUGAGCAGUUUUAAUGCUGCCCAGGUUUUUCUUGUUGUUAAUGAUGGAGAACAGAGUAGACGCAGCAUUUAACUUCUCUCUCCAACCAUUCUGCUGCAGAACCGCCCAACAGUAGACAUGGACUUUCCAAAGCAUACCAUUCUGCAGGCCUUCUGUGUAAUGCUCCUGGCAUGGAUGCUGGUGCGCUGCCAGACCCCUGUUGAACCUGAGCAGGAAGAGGAUGAAGAGGUAGUGAUGGAAGCUGACAAUGCAACUUUGGCAACAUCCGAGUGUCCAUCUGAAUGCAGCUGUACGGCAGACGGAGCAGUGGACUGCGCUGGAGUUGACCUUACAGAGUUCCCAGAAGAGCUGCCCAAUAAAAUUCGCCGUCUCUCUCUACAGAACAACAAAAUCAAGGAAAUAACAGUGGAGCACAUUUCCCAUCUGCAUCAGCUUGAGACUCUCAACCUCCAAAAUAACUGGCUGACCACAGAAGGUCUUGAAGAUGAAGGUUUUGAGAUGCUUGAUCAGCUGGCUUAUUUAUACCUGGCAAACAACAAGCUCACCUCUGCACCCAAAGUUCUGCCGCCAUCUUUAGUCAGUGCUGAUUUUGCUGCCAAUCAGAUCUCCAGGAUCUACCCGUACACAUUUGGUCAUAAACCAAAUCUGAGGUCUGUGUAUCUCCAUAACAACAAGCUGACGGACGAAGGACUUCCUGAUCACAUGUUCAAUGCCUCCGACACCUUGGAGAUCCUCACCAUAUCCAGCAACCUUCUGAGGGUCGUUCCCAACAAUCUGCCACCCAGUCUUCUCCGCCUUCAUUUGAAGAGUAACAAGCUGGAAGAAAUCCCAACAGGAGCUUUAGGGGAUUUACGAAACCUUAGAGAACUUUAUCUCCAGAACAACCUCCUCACCAAUGCUGGGAUAGAUAACGAGACUUUCAGUCAGCUGAGUAGCCUUGAGUAUCUCGAUUUGUCUAAUAACAACUUGAGCGUCGUACCUAAGGGUUUGCCUCGCAACCUAUUGCUGCUGCACCUGGAGAAGAACGCCAUCCACAGCAUCCCUGGAGAUACUCUGGUCUCCGUGCGAAACCUUGAAUACCUGCUCCUCCACAACAACAAGCUGCGCUCCCGCUCUAUUCACCCUAUGGCCUUCCAGGGCUUAAAGAAGCUUCACACUCUACAUUUGUACAAUAAUUUGCUGGAACGAGUUCCCAGGGGCUUACCCCGACGAGCCAAGACACUCAUGCUACUCCACAACUUUAUCUCUGAAAUUGGCCGCAACGACCUGUCCUUUCUCUACACCCUGACGGAGCUCAAUCUCAGCUAUAACAAACUGACCAACUCUAAGAUUCACCGUGACGCCUUCAGGAAGUUACGUAUACUGGAAACUCUGGACCUGUCCGGGAAUGCUCUUCAUUCAGUGCCCCUGGGUCUUCCUCCAAGUCUACAGAUUCUAGAAAUCAAGAACAAUCGGAUCAGUUUGAUACCAGAAGGCGCCCUGACAGGAAUGCAGAAGCUGAAGAAGUUGAUUCUGAGUGACAAUCAGCUGAAACUUAACUCAGCCUACCAAGGAGCCUGGAUGGAGCUCAGUGCACUCACAACAUUGGACCUUUCUGGUAACCAGCUAACUCAUAUUCCAUCUGACCUUCCUGAGUCCCUGGAGUACCUUUAUCUGCAAAGCAACCGCAUCUCCAGUGUUCCUGCUUCAGCUUUUGAAGGGACGCCAAACAUUAAAGGCAUCUUUCUUAGGUUCAACCGGCUGUCUGUGGACUCCAUAGAUGAGAGCUCUUUCUCACACCUCGUCAACUUGCAAGUGCUGGACUUCGGGACAGGAAACCCUGAGCUGUCCUUCAAAAAGGAGGAGGAGGAAGGUGCCGAGGAGAUUGAACAGGACAACUAAAAUGGCUGCAUGUUGCAGAGGACAGAGCAGGCUUUCAGAAGGGACAGAACCUUUUUUAUAUCUCCAUCCUAACGUCAUUCUGAGAUGCACAGCCACAUAAUUCUGGUGCAGGACACCAGAUUAAAAUCCACUUUAUGGAGCAGGUGGUAUUAGAAAUGUUUUAAGCAGAACUUUAUUAUUUGGGCUUGAUUGUUCAAAUGCGGUCUGUGUUUUUGUUCUUUUAAAAAGAAACUCAUAAAUUUCUGAAACAUAAUGUGUAUUUUCCAACAACAGUAAUCUAUGUCUAAAUCUAAAAACUUUGGUGGUUUUAGAUCAAAUUUAGCAGUGGAGUUCUAAGGUUGGGCCAGUGCUUUCAUAGCGACACAGAACGAAAGAAUAAAACAAAAAUCAGAGGAAUGGUACAUCGUUUGAGAUAUUGAGUGAACCAAAGCGCCACUUGCAGCUCGGAAAACCUUAAAUAUAGCCGAUGGAACCUGUGAUUAUAUCUCUCUACGACUAAAGCUAAAAGUACAGCUUAAUUUUGACAUCUUCAGUUAAAUAAAACUGUAAAAUUAAAAACUGGUCUAAGGGACCUAUCCUAUGCCGUUUAUGUGCCAGCGCAUAUCAUCAAUUAUUUCCCAUGAAUUUAUUUAGAAUUAAGGGCCAGGACAAGUUCAAGAGCAACAUUGGCCCCCGUUGGCUCCAGUCUAGACAGAAGAAGAGACGUUAUUACCAUGCAACUUGUGCACACUCAUAAUAAAUAUACAUUUUAAUAUACAGCUUUAUUUAAAACACACAUGUAAACAACUCCCGAAGCAUACUUUGAAUCUAUAGUACCGUUAGCAAAGCAUCUUUGAACAAACAGCUAAUCUCUUCAAUAGUAAAUUUCUGACUUCAUAUCCAGCAGCCAUCUCUUUCAUCAACUGGCAACUUUAUAAAAGCUACGGUCACUAGAUGUCCCCAAUUUCUGGGCACAGGUGGUCCAAACUGGGACUUUCCCCAGAAAUAGGGGACGUCUGGUCACCGAUUUGACCAUUUUAUGAAUCAGGUGGAAAAUGUUGCGUGUAGACUGUUAUUACUGUAGAAAGAGAGUGUUGCACACAGAGAAACUGUUACGGUAGCAUGUUGCGCUGCUGUUAACGUAAAGGAACACGAGGAAUAGAGUGCACUGCUUUUAAAACAGAGGAGGAAGAAGGAGCUCAUAGGGAGCUGUGCUAUGUUAUGGUGAAUGUUUUAUUCCAUUCAUUUUAUAUGGAUUGGGCGGAUCAUUGUGAUAAAUAUUUGAUUCAAACCCAGGUAAAAAAAA